AUGUCAGGUCUCGCCUUCUGGGUGCCCUGGAUUUAUUUUGAGAAAUCGCUACCCGCUAUGUUAAGUUUCGAUAAGUUCUUUACGGCCUGGCUUGUGGCCGUGACGUCCAUCAAGCCGGUGGCAUCGACAAUCCUCUACGCUGCCUCCUAUGCUGGAACUGUCACAUCUCUCGAUCUUCAAGUCUCGGAAGCCGGAACCACUUUGAAAGCGAUUGCCUCAACCACAGCGUGCGCGGCAAAUCCUUCAUGGCUCACUCUCGACCAGUCAAAGUCCCUCCUAUACUGCGCAGACAGAGGCCUCACCAACCCCAAUGGUACUCUUGUAUCUUUUAAAAAAACAGGGAAUGGAACCCUCCUGCCUCUAGGAAGUCUGUCGACCAUCAAAGGAGGUGUCAGCUCAGUUGUGUAUGGCAAAGAUGGCGGACGUAUUGCUCUGGCUUCUUACCCGGCGUCUUCACUUGAGGUUUUUUCUGUCGAGGAUCCCACUGAAAUCAAGAGGCUGCAAUCUUUCACGUACACUCUGAGCCAGCCCGGGCCGAAGCCGGCGCAGGAUGCCCCGCAUCCCCACGAAGCUAUCCUUGACCCCACGGGGCAGUACGUGCUAGUGCCGGAUUUGGGAGCCGAUCUUGUGCGGAUCUUUGCCGUUGACCAGGAGUCCUACCAACUGAAGCCCGUCACUCCUCUAAACGUGGCAGUAGGCAGUGGGCCCAGACAUGCCAGUUUCCUUGUCACCAAAGAGAAAACCUUCUUCUUUGUUUUAGCUGAGCUCGGUAACACCGUUACCACUUAUGAGGUCAAGUACGACUGCAACAAGACUUUGAGCUUUGAGGAAGUCUUUUCUGUUGGGACCCAUGGGCCGGACAACAUUGUUCCCGUCGGCGCCGCUGCGGCUGAGGUUCACGUUUCACCUGACUCUGAGUAUCUCAUUGUUUCUUCACGUAAUGUCAGCCUUUUCAACAUCCCCAACUUUGAUCCCAACAACAGCACUGAUAUCCGGUCUGACGCCAUCAUCACCUUCAAAAUCGACCAGCAGACCGGUCAUCUCAACUUCACUCAGAUCUUCCCCUCAGGUGGGAUGAUUCCGCGCCAAUUCUCCAUCAACAAGGCCGGCACUCAGCUUGCUGUUGGUCUCCAGCAGGAUGGCCGUGCCGUCAUUAUUGAUCGUGACGUGAGUACUGGUCUCUUGAAGAACUUCGCUGCCAGCAUCUCAAUCUCUGGCGAGGUUGUUUGCGUAAUAUUUGAUGAAUGA